AUGGGUGACAACAAUUGGGAUCUAGGUGCGGUUGUAAGAAGCUAUAACAUUAGACCUAGUCAUGACACCAACAAGGUAGAAGUUCCCAGUUUAGGCUUAGAGUCUCUGACUUUUGAAAAGGACGAUGAUUGGAAUUUUUUCCAUAGUCUUUUAGAUGAUGAUCGUGAUGACGACAUCAUGACUUUCGAAGGUUUAACUGACAUAUUCUCUAGGGAUGAACAAAAACCUGAUGCGCCUCAACCUUCUUUUAUCAGUGUUCCUAUUGCUGAUGAGGUCAAGAAUGACCAAAAUGACCAACAGCUGCUGUUACAGCCCAUUCAAUUACCAGCUCAGCAAACCCAACCAAUUCCUCCUCCACCACCACCACUAGCGGCUGCAGCAGUAGCAGCAGCGCGUGUGCCAGCAGCAGCACUGCAGAAAGUGAUUCCGCAGCAACUGAAUCCACGUCCAGUUCUGAAGCGGGCAAAAGUUCGUCCUACUAUCGCUGUUCCCAUAAGAAAUCCUAUCAUCCAAAUUCGAAGAAGGAAAAAUCAGCCGGAAAAGACAGUCCAUGAAGUGAGUCAAGAGGAACUCAUUGAUUUUACAUGGGCAUGGCGUAAAUACGGUCAGAAGCCAAUCAAAGGGUCUCUAUUUCCGAGGAACUACUAUAGGUGUAGCACUUCAAAAGACUGCGACGCGAGGAAACACAUUGAGAAAAGCCCAAGGGAUCCAAACCUAUUUAUCGUCGCCUAUUCAGGUGAACACAACCAUCCUCCCCCGGCAAACCGCUGCACUCUCUCCGACAGCACCAAUUCCAAACCCAAAUCCAAAAAGCUCCCUAAAGGCAUAAACAUUGUUCCUAGGCGAUCCUUAAGCUUCAAUCCAUCUUCAUCUAAUGACUCCGGUUCCAGUCCAAUUAGCCCAAAUACGCCACCUGUGUUCGAUAUCGAGAGCGCAACCCCAAACAAGAACGAAAUGGUUGUAGAGGAGAAGAAAGCAGACAAUGAAGAGGAGGAGGAGAAAGUUAUUCUGAUUCCUAACAAUUUCAUGACUGAAGAUAUUAUCAAGAGCUUUGAAGAACUCAAUGGAAUUACUACCCCCGCAGCACCAAAAUUUGCGGCCAAAGGACGAAUUCUCUGA